AUGGCCCAUGACGCAGAUUACCUUUUCAGGCCCAGUACCGUCAUCGGAACGGACGCCGGCAGCAGACUUGACCUUAUCCCGCAAGAGAGUGUGUGUUUCGCGAACAAGAAUCAGAUCAGAGGAGGGAACGCCAUUGAGCAAAAAAAACACAAGACCUCACUCUACUAUUAUUUUAUUCUCCCAUCCACUUUGAAACUCCCUUGCUUGAAAAAAAAAAAGAACGGAGAAGCCACACUCACAAACCCAACGCUCGAACAAACUCUAUUGUCAAGAACUGAAUUGAACGCGAAUCUUCACGCUUCCCGUAUACAGUCUACGCAGCGAUCAAGCUUUUAUCGGGAGGCUAUACGCAAAAACGCAUUGAUUGACGAACACAUUCUUGAUCAACUGGCGUUGACGAAAAGAAUACUUAAUAGAUCAUUUACGUCUUCAAGGCAUAUUACUUGUUAUGGCAUCGUCGCAAUACGCUUCACAGCAUCUACAGCCGCUGCUGCUCUUGCCACCACUCCGGUAUCACCCAAAGCUGCUGCAAACCUGCCUCCAUUGCUAGCCUCAAAACUUCCGAGUCUUACCCCACACACCACACUUACCGGAGCAGCGGCAUUAUCAAAUAGACAGCAGAGCCGAAGUCCUCGAACUAUGCCUCUCGAUGACAAAAAGACCGAUGGAUCGCAGGCAGUUAAGCAGUCGCCAAACCCGGCCUCAAUCUUUACAACAAAUCUCGGAAUGAGCACGCCCGCCGAUGCACCUCCAAAAGAACCUUCUCCAGUUCCUUCCGGGUUAGGUGGCUUGCCAAGUGUUGCAGCAGCUGCUGCUGCUAUGGACACGUCUGGCCCUAAUACCACGGAUCCUGCUCUACUUCCCUCAGAUAUGAGUCAAUAUCACACUCUGCAGCCACAACCGCCCAAACUCACAGAGCCCCUUACGGCGACUACCCCAACCACUCCUGGGUUUGGUACCGCAACAACGCCCACUACGCCAUUUAGCCCUAAUAAUCCAGGCGGCACACGAGGGAAACACACAUGUCCUCAUUGCCAUAAGACCUUCACUAGACACCACAACCUCAAGAGCCAUCUUCUGACGCAUGCACACGAAAAGCCCUUCCUUUGCACGACAUGUAAUUCACGCUUCCGAAGACUCCACGAUCUUAAACGACACACAAAGUUGCACACAGGAGAGAGGCCACAUGUUUGUGGAAAGUGUGGAAGGCGAUUCGCUCGAGGAGACGCCUUGGCUCGACAUGCCCGCGGCGAAGGAGGUUGUGCUGGGAGGAGAGGUAGCAUGGGCGGCAUGAUGAAUGAAGACGGAACAAUGGUUACCGGGCUAGGGCAAGACGGCGACGAUGGAAUGGAGGGUCUUGAAGGACUUAUUGAUGAGGGUGAUGGUGAUGUGUCCAUGAUGGAUGAAAACGGCGGAGAGGGUUCUGAUGGGGGUCCCAGAAGGCGGGCGAGUCUUCCAAGCAUCAAGACUGACUUCCACCCUGGCCAUCAACAAGUAGGCCACCAAAUGGGACAGCACACUCCAAUGACACCAGCUUCUGGGUACCGAAGUCACAACAACACGUAUCCACAGCUCUCAUCUGGAGCUCGAACAGCUUCAGCCAGUGGGCCAAGUCCAGGACUCUUCCCACCUGGCUAUGCUGCACAUGGAUUCAAGUCGGCGACGCCAACAAGUGCUACUCCUAGCAUGCAAAACACCAAUAUGAACUCUACCACCGCUACAAGUCCUGCUGCUACGAAUUCUGCAAACACAAGUAUUCUAAGUCCCCAGAAUGUCUUGACGGACAGCCCCCGAGCGGUUAGUCCAGGAAUGCUACCAAGUCAGCCUGAAGGGAUGCCCAGGGACAGAACACCUAGUUUCACCUACACGAACCCUCUACCAGCGCCGCAGCGUGAACGUGAUGGUAUGUUCGUCAACCACAUGGCGCACCCGCCUGCGUCCGGGCAGCAGCAAAACGCCCACCAGCAACAAGGUGCCGCGGGGGGAAGCGGACCUGCUCCUCAGGCCAACAUGGGUGGUAGCGGCCCGCAAAGCAAUCCUAAUAUGUUUGCUGGGCAAGACGGUGGGCUAUGGACGUACAUCAAGACCCUUGAGGACAGGAUAAAACAGCUCGAGGAAAGGUUGGAUCAGCAAACGCCCCAACAGCCUCAAGCUCAACGACAACAGCAGCAACCGGCGGCACCAAGCUCAUGA